UACUCGAUGCCACCUACCGGCGAAAAGGCGAAAACAAACAUUAGCGAAUCGGCCAUUUUGAAAGAGGCAAGAUGACUACCGUCAGCGAUAGAAAUAAUACCGAUAAUACUCGGGAAAGAUCGAUUCAGGAAUACAGAAAGAAACUUUUAGAGUAUCGAGAGAUCGAAAGUCGUCUGAGAGAGAUGAGAGAACAACUGAAAGAGUCGAAUAAACAAUACGAGAAGUCGGAGAACGAUCUGAAAGCCUUGCAGAGUGUUGGACAGAUAGUGGGUGAGGUACUUAAACAGUUGACCGAAGAAAAGUUUAUCGUGAAGGCCACCAAUGGACCGCGCUACGUAGUGGGCUGCCGACGUCAACUCGACAAGAGCAAACUGAAGCCGGGCACGCGCGUGGCGCUCGACAUGACCACUCUGACCAUCAUGAGAUAUCUGCCGCGAGAAGUCGACCCGCUCGUGUACAACAUGUCCCACGAAGAUCCCGGCAACAUCACCUAUUCCAUGAUCGGCGGUUUGGGAGAGCAGAUUCGGGAAUUGAGAGAGGUCAUAGAACUUCCGUUGCUGAAUCCGGAGUUGUUUCAGAGAGUCGGAAUUACGCCGCCAAAGGGUUGUCUUCUAUAUGGACCACCUGGAACUGGAAAAACUUUAUUGGCCAGAGCCGUGGCUAGUCAAAUAGAAGCCAACUUCUUAAAGGUCGUGUCAAGCGCCAUCGUAGAUAAAUACAUAGGUGAGAGUGCACGUCUGAUUCGAGAAAUGUUCAACUAUGCACGAGAUCAUCAACCUUGUGUCAUAUUUAUGGACGAAAUCGAUGCUAUAGGCGGUCGCCGUUUCUCUGAAGGGACGUCCGCCGACAGAGAGAUCCAAAGAACGUUGAUGGAACUCUUGAAUCAGAUGGACGGAUUCGACUCUCUCGGUCAGGUCAAGAUCAUCAUGGCCACCAAUCGCCCGGACACUCUUGAUCCGGCACUUCUCAGACCCGGACGACUGGACAGAAAAAUCGAAAUUCCUCUGCCAAACGAACAGGCCAGAUUGGAAAUUUUGAAAAUUCAUGCGGCGCCCAUAACUAAACACGGAGAAGUCGAUUGGGAAGCGGUCGUCAAGCUUUCUGAUGGAUUUAACGGCGCAGAUCUGAGGAACGUCUGUACGGAAGCCGGCAUGUUUGCCAUCCGCGCCGACCGAGAAUAUGUCAUCGAAGAAGACUUCAUGAAGGCCGUCCGUAAAGUGGCAGACAACAAGAAACUAGAGUCGAAACUGGACUACAAACCCGUCUAAUUCAUUUGUAUUUCUUUUUUUUGAUUUAAAUUAGAACAAAACUUUUAUUUGUAAGAAAUAAAAAAAAUUUGCGUUACACGA